CUGAAAAAAAUAUAUGGGAAAGGACUAGAAAGCUUGUUUUUUUUUUCUAGAGUUUAAUCAGUCAGCUUUGGCUGGAAUUUUGAUCUGCUUUUUCUGGGUUCUUGUUUGUUCCAUAAGAAAAUUUCUCCGUUCAUGUUUUUUUCUGUUCUGGACGGCACCUUCAAAAUUUGCAGAGAUGCAGCCGGCAUCGCUGGGAACAUCUUUGCUUUCGGGCUUUUCAUAUCGCCCUUACCCACGUUUAAAAGAAUUAUCAGAAACCAGUCCACCGAGAACUUCUCGGGAUUGCCUUAUAUAUAUGCUCUCUUGAACUGCUUGAUCUGUACGUGGUAUGGCACGCCCUUGAUAUCUUAUGACAAUGUGCUGGUUAUGUCGGUUAAUUCGAUCGGUGCAGUUUUUCAAAUGACCUACAUUAUCAUCUUCAUCGUGCAUGCUGAUAGAGAGAAAAAGAUUAAGAUGAUUGGGUUGCUACUGGCAGUUUUUGGCUUUCUGGCAAUCAUAGUUGCUGGAAGCCUGCAGAUAGCCGACCGAGGAAUGCGAUGGAUCUUUGUUGGGUUAUUAAGUUGUGCUUCUCUCGUAUCAAUGUUUGCUUCCCCGUUGUUUAUAAUCAAUUUAGUAAUUCGAACAAAGAGUGUUGAAUUCAUGCCAUUCUAUCUCUCCCUCUCAACAUUCUUGCUGAGCACCUCGUUCUUCCUAUAUGGCAUCUUUAACUUCGAUGCCUUUAUUUACGUUCCAAAUGGAAUCGGAACUGUUUUGGGGAUUCUACAACUCGUGUUGUACUUCUACUAUAAAACAAAGUCCGCCGAAGGAUCCCAAGAACCACUGAUGGUGUCACACGCAUGACUCUUGCUUUUUCUUUGAAUAGGUAAUUACUUCUAUAUUCUGUUUCUAUGCUUCGAUGAUUUUCUGAUGGUAUGCUGGUGGAAAGUUUUUUUUGAUGUUGAGGUGUAUAGUGACCAGAAUCUUGAUGUAUGGUCUCGUUUGUUGUAUUUUUCUGAGCGUGUUCCAUUUC